UCUCAGUAGCAAACUCACCAACCAUAACCCCAACCAAACCCCAUCUCGUGAGUAGCGGAUUCACUUCCCCCGACGAGCAACAAGCAUUCUACACUGCGUUGGACGCCGUCCACUGUCGUCAGCCCUGCGUGGUUGUUCUCGGUCCGGUGACAUCGAUUUGUUCAAUCUGGCUUUGAAUUUAGAUUUGAAUUUGUCCCCGGCGUCAUCUGUUCCCGGCGUGGUAUAAUCAGGUAUCACAAUGCCUGAUGUUCAGUCCCUUGCUAGUGAUUUCUUGAAUCAACUUAAGAAACGUAAAAUUGAAGGCUCUCAGGCCACAGCAAAGCAGACAGCAGAAGUGCUUCGGUCUGUGAUUUCUCAACAGCGGGUGCCUCACACAAAUCAGGCUGGAGCUCUGAUUGAUGCAGUAAGAGCUGUGGGGGAGCAGCUCAUUGCUGCAAAUCCUGUUGAGCUAGCUGUGGGUAAUAUUGUAAGGCGAGUUUUGCACAUUAUAAGGGAGGAACAUCUUUCCCUUGCAACGGAUGCUAUUGCUGGUUUGGGAAUAUCAGCAGAAAGCGAUGAUGAAGAUGAUGUGGAUCGAGAUGAUCAUCCUGUUCUAUCUGCAGCUGCUGUUGCCGCUGCUGCAAGAAGCACUUUGCGUCCACCAUCAUUGCAAACUCUUCUAGAGGAUGUGCCUAAUUCAGCUGCCAUUCCACACGCAUCUUCUUCAGGGGGUGAAUCUGAAGGAAAAAGUAGAUCAGCUGACAAAGGUUCCCGAGGUCGGAAGCUGAAACACGAUGUCAUUGAAGCUGUCAAUGAUCUUAUUCAAGAUAUUGCCACUUGCCAUGAACAAAUAGCGGAGCAGGCUGUAGAACACAUACAUCACAAUGAGGUAAUACUAACGCUAGGGAGUUCAAGAACAGUGCUGGAGUUUCUUUGUGCUGCAAAGGAGAAGAAGAGAUCAUUUCGGGUCUUUGUUGCUGAGGGUGCCCCAAGAUACAAGGGGCAUCUCCUUGCAAAAGAUUUGGCAGCAAGAGGCUUACAAACCACAGUAAUAACUGAUUCUGCAGUUUUUGCCAUGAUAUCCCGAGUAAACAUGGUUAUAGUUGGAGCUCAUGCUGUCAUGGCUAAUGGAGGAGUUAUUGCCCCUGUUGGGUUGAAUAUGGUUGCACUUGCAGCUCAAAGGCAUGCUGUUCCUUUUGUUGUACUUGCUGGGAGUCACAAGUUGUGCCCUUUGUAUCCUCAUGAUCCUGAGGUCUCGCUGAAUGAGCUGAGGUCUCCUUCUGAGCUGCUUGACUUUGGGGAAUUUUCAGAUUGUAUGGAUUCGCCAAGUGGUGCGGGUUCUCUUCAUGUUGUUAAUCCAACAUUUGAUUAUGUGGAUCCAAAGCUUGUUAGUCUCUUCAUUACUGACACAGGUGGCCACAACCCAUCAUACAUGUACCGGCUCAUAGCUGAUUAUUACUCUGCUGAUGAUUUGGUGGUGAAAGGAGGAACUAUUGCUGGGAGUUGAGUUUUUACCCUUAAUUUGGUAACUAAUUAAUAUAGGUCUGCAGCUGUUAAUCAAUCUUGAGGGGUGAUUGUACUGAAGAAGCAUUAGCACACAUUUUUUAAAACUGGGAAUUUUUUAGAGUUGCUGUUUUGCUAAGAUCAGAAGAAGAAUGUAAUCCUAUAUAGGGCUUUUUGGAAAGCGCCAAGACAUUUAACUCAUUAGUAAUGUAUAGGAACUGGCCUUUCUCUUGGACGGUGGUGGUUGAUAACUAGUUCUACUCAAUAGAAUUUUAACCAAGGAUGUAACUUCUGUUAUUAUGAGUCAAUAUUCACAUGGCUUUUGACAAUCAAGCCAUAAAAUUAUGUUUUCUGGUAA